AUGGACUUCAUACCAGAAUACCUCCGCCCCCUCAUAUCCCAACAUCCUCUCCUCACAAACCUAACCACCGCUCCCGAAGUCCUCUCCACGCACCUCUCAACCGUCCGCACCACCUACCUCGACCCGUACAUCCUAUCUCCGCUCUCCUCGCUCCUGACGUCCUCAACGCCGGACCUCGUUUCCGUCUUCCUACUGCUUCUGAUAUUAUUCCUCUCGCUAAAGAUCCUCGAUUAUACACGGCGCAUGGUGCUGUUCUGGGUGUGGUUGGUUUUCAGGGUUGUUUUCUGGGGCGUGAUACUUGCGGUUGGGUAUUGGGUGUAUAGUGUUGGUGUUGAAAGGGCGGGAACGGAGGCUGGGAGGGCUUUUGGGGUGGUUAAGGGGGCUUGGAGGGAGUUUGAGAGGGGGGUUGAUGGGAGUACGCCUGGUGGGCAGGGUUUUGGGAGGGAGUUAUGA